GGGAUUUUCAUGGGAUUUUCAUUAUCUGGAGCCAGAGGACAGGAACCUCCUCAGAUCCUCCUGUCCUGCAGCCACUGCGGGUUUCCGCUCUGCAGAUUUCAUCCAUGUGUCUUGCCGAAGGUCGAAUGUGUAUCUGGUGCUGGUGUCUUGGUUGCCACUCCCUGCUGCAGCCCAGAUGGCAGUGAAGCCCUCCCUCCGCAGCAGAGGUCUCAGCAGCCUGCCUUGACAGCCGGAGAGGAGAUGGAAGGGAGGAGAGAAGAUUACUAUGCUAAUCGUUCUGAGACAUGAAACUGAUUGUGCAAACCUGUGGAUAAUGGCAAAUCAAUAUUUGUCAUUUCUGAUCUUAGCGAGCAGCAUUACAAGUGCCCGGCUCAGUGAUCCGCACCAUCACCCUGAGAAUUAUGACCUGUGGUUAUGCAUGAAGCUUUAAGAUCUAAGAAAAAAAAGCACAGCUGUCUUUCCCCGGCACUUUUCCAGCUCUCCUCUCUUUGCCUUCACCACCUUCACCCCUCUGAAGGAGCUCCUGCGUUGCAGUCAUGCCAAAGAACACCAAGGUGACCCAGCGGGAGCACAGCAAUGAGCCGGUCACUGAGUCGGUGGCUGACCUGCUGUCUCUGGAGCACCCCAUGGACUAUAAGAGCAGUCAGAUGAGUAUGGGUCUGAGUCCUGGCUCCACUGCUCCAGUAAGGGCGCUGCUACCCUCUCCUGACCCAGACGCCGAGGACGGCCGACCAGCUUGGAACAACAAGCUGGAGUAUAUCCUGGCCCAGGUGGGCUUCUCUGUGGGCCUGGGUAACGUCUGGAGGUUUCCCUAUCUGUGCCAGAAGAAUGGAGGAGGUGCAUACCUAGUGCCCUACUUCAUUCUCCUCCUCCUCAUCGGCAUCCCCUUGUUCUUCCUGGAGCUGGCGGUGGGCCAGAGGAUCAGGCGUGGCAGCAUCGGGGUCUGGAACUAUGUCUACCCACAGCUGGGAGGCAUCGGGGUUUCCAGCCUAAUGGUUUGCGGUUUUGUUGGCCUCUAUUAUAAUGUGAUUAUCGGCUGGAGCAUCUUCUAUUUCUUCCAGUCUUUCCAGUAUCCACUGCCUUGGGCUGAAUGCCCCAUCACCAGAAAUGGAAGCCAAGCCAUUGUGGAGCCAGAGUGUGAGAAGAGCUCGGCCACCACUUACUUCUGGUACCGCCAGACUCUCAACAUUACCAGCAGCAUCGACGACACCGGUGGGCUGAACUGGAAGAUGACCCUGUCCCUGUUGGUGGCUUGGAUCAUGGUCUGCUUGGCUGUCAUCAAGGGCAUCCAGUCCUCUGGGAAGGUGAUGUACUUCAGCUCUCUCUUCCCGUACGUGGUGCUUUUCUGUUUCCUGGUAAGAGGUUUGAUGAUGAAAGGAGCAGUGGACGGCAUCGCUCACAUGUUCACCCCGAAGCUGGAAAAGAUGUUGGAGCCGCAAGUGUGGAGAGAAGCCGCCACCCAGGUCUUCUUUGCCCUCGGUCUCGGCUUUGGAGGAGUCAUCGCUUUCUCCAGUUACAACAAGCGAGACAAUAACUGCCACUUUGAUGCAGCACUGGUCUCCAUCAUCAACUUUGUGACCUCUAUCCUGGCCACUUUAGUUGUGUUUGCCGUCCUGGGGUUCAAGGCGAACGUCAUGAACGAGAAGUGUGUUGUUGAGAAUGCUGAGAAGAUCCUGGGCUACUUAAACACUGGUGUGUUGAGCAAAGAGCUCAUCCCUCCUCACAUCAACUUCUCCCACCUGAGUUCCCAGGACUACGCAGAGAUGUACAGCGUCAUUAAGACGGUGAAGGAGGACAGCUUUGAUCAGCUGGGCCUGGACCCCUGUGUGCUGGAGGACGAACUCAACAAGGCGGUUCAGGGCACUGGCCUGGCAUUCAUCGCCUUCACGGAGGCCAUGACUCACUUCCCUGCCAGUCCCUUCUGGUCCGUCAUGUUCUUUUUCAUGCUGAUUAAUUUGGGCCUUGGAAGCAUGAUCGGCACCAUGACCGGUAUCACCACACCCAUACUGGACACUUUCAAGAUACGCAAAGAGAUCCUGUGUGUGGGUUGCUGUGUCAUAGCCUUCCUGUUAGGCCUGCUGUUUGUGCAGCGUUCUGGGAACUACUUUGUCACCAUGUUUGACGACUACUCAGCUGGGUUGCCUCUCACUGUGGUGGUGAUCCUGGAGAACAUCUCUGUAGCCUGGAUAUACGGCACCAAGAGGUUCAUGCAGGACCUGGAGGACAUGCUUGGUUUCAGGCCGUACUCCUUCUAUUUCUACAUGUGGAGGUAUGUGUCGCCAGCUGUCUUGGUGGUGCUCAUCUUUGCCACCGUCAUCGAAAUGGCCGUCAGUCCUGCAGGAUACAACGCCUGGGUGGAGGCCGAGGGCUCAGAGCAUUUCCGCAGCUACCCUCCCUGGGCUUUAGGCAUGGCCUAUUCCCUCAUCGUGGUGGCCAUGCUGCCUUUACCCAUCGUCUUCUUGGCACGCCACUUCAACCUGAUCUCAGACGGCUCCAACAAGCUGUCUGUCUCCUACCGCAAAGGCAUGAUGAAGGAUAUCUCCAACCUGGAAGAGCAGGACGAGCAACGCUUCAUCCUCGGCAAGAACCCCAGUGAAACUCCCUCCCCCAUGCCUGCCCACCGCGCUUACCUGGGCCCCGGCGGCACCCAGGAGAUGACCAACACCAACUAUGGCACCAGCACCAAGACAGGCUACCAGAACAUCGGCUCCCCCGAGUCUGAGCUAUGAUCUGCUGAGCUCAUAGAUCUUCCCGUCCAUUAAACCCCAGCCCUGCUUAGAGAGAGGGAGACAGAAGAAGAAAGGGAGGAACAGAGGAAGAAAGAGAAGUCAAGAGGGAGAGAAAAUCCACUGCCGGUUGUUGCAGCGUUCAUCACACCUUAACCCCCAGAGCCGAAUCCUUCUACCCCCCUUUUUCUGCUCCAUCGCUCUUUGCCUGUGCUUCUUCCCUGUCGUCGGAUCUGUGCUGCUAAUUGACUGUCAAUCCCAGCUGUGAUGAAGGGAUCAUGGGAAAGCGAGUCUCACCAGAUAUGACGACCUUUUCCCAUCAGUCAAGGUAUCAGAGGGGCAGAGAAAGAGGGACAGAGACAGCGACACAGCGAGAGGAAGGUCCAUGGAGGGCUUAGAUACAGGCUUUGGUUUGUAAUAAGCUCUGGUUGAGGUUAAGGUGUGUGCAACGCUAAAAGGCUUUACGUUGUACUGAACUGUAAUCCCAUGUGUUUGGAGAAUGUUAUUUUCAAGACAGUGGGUCGUUCCCAGCUCUAGAAGAUCAUGAUCUGAUUCUGGUUUAGUUGUAGAUGAUUGUUAUUUGUGGGGAUAGGAUGGAAGGAAAUUCUGAAAAAAAAAAACACUCAUCUUGUCUUGAUCUGAUCUCAUCUAGAAAAAAAAAAGAUUACUCCAUAACAGUAUGUAACAAGUGAUUCUGAUAGUGUUAGCAGUUUUACAAGCACAUUGUAUCUUAAAGUUUAAGUUAACUGUGCCUAUCAUACAUCAGCAAUAAAAACCAGUCAGAGUAGGGUCCUUUUAAAACUGUGGAUCUCCUUCUAUCCCCCGUUCUCCCCACUGAUGUAGAAUACUGUACAUGUGUGUUGUGCAAUAGUCUCAGAUGUCACCGUUAACCGUGUAUAUACACCCCAGUAGUGCAAAACAGGGGAAAAGUUUCACCUCCUCAUCUCCUCUCCAUGAACACCGAAGCACAGACGCUGGCUAUCGUUAGAGCAUCUCUGAGUCUCAACACAGAGCAGCACUUUUCUUUUAAACAAUCUUCCUACUUGACAAAUAAGGCUCUGGAGUCGUUGCCAACAGCGCUGCGCCCGUCUCUGUGCUGUUCCAGUCACAGCUGGCCUAGACAAAGCUUUUCCAUUUUAAUCAAUCAUUUUAAUCAAGCGCUCCCAUUUUAAUCAAUGCCUUAGAAGGGCAGAGGUGGCAGUAUAUGAGCAGAGAUAAGCAGAGAGGCUUGUGUUUGAUCGGCUGGGGCAGCUUCACUACUGCUUGUCUAUCUGUGUUUUACAGAGACAGACAGAGAAGGAAUCAGGAGCGUGAGUUUUGUCUUUGUGUACGUGCAGAUGUGCAUGUGCAAGUGUCUGUGCAACAGUGUGUGUGCCCCCGUUGUCUGCCGCUGAAUGAGAGCUCCUGGUGACCCUGCCGGUUUAAAAAUAGAGCUGCGUUACCCAGGGGAAGCCGUGGCAACGCACCAUAGAUACAGAUACUCUUCUGAUGUGGAGAUGGAGAAAGAGGAGAGCGGACACCUUGCUUUGUCUGCUCCACCUGCACAGCUGUUCAUUCAGCAAUACAGAGAUCUCUAAUGUUGUUAACGUGCAUUGAGUACGAGGUUCACUGCCAUGCCACGCUGUGGAUUAAUCAUACUUCAUCCCUGACAGGAUGAUAUUUAGGUUUAAUUGCUGUACAUUCCUCAAAUUGUGACCACUACGGACAUUUCAUAAGCACUACAGUCUACACUUUGAUGUCUUUUUGUGUGCUAAGGUGUGAAAAAUAAAGCCUUUUUUAUUUUUAAUGUAUUAUCUUGUAUGACAGUGUAUGUUUAGGGGUAUAAUGUACCGUGAUAUACAGUAAAUGUGUUGAAGUGGUAGGCUAAUACUCGGUUUUCACCACCGGGUGUCUCUGCCGGCCAGUGGAGGAGCCAGCGGCAGCUCUCCAGUCUUGUGGCCCCUCCCUGAGACAACACCAAUACUGGAGACUGAACAGAUGUAGUGCGAAGCACAGUCAGUCACAUUGUUUGGUGCCUGAACAGCAUCUCUGUUGUCUGUUUGCCUUAUGCUUUUGUCAUUCUGUUGAACAGUUCUUGAUUGUGUAGUUUUGGACCAAUGUCUCGUCUGAUUCACUGGAGCACUUUAAUUAGGUGGAGACCCUGGAGUUGUUUGUUAACCACAAAUCUGAUGAGAGCUUUGUACAUUUUAAACAUUAAUCAUAAGGAUAAUGUCACAGAAUUUGUACUGAUUAGCAGAAUUAAUAUAUAGAGAGAGAAAGUUUAAUGUCUAUGAAAGGCACAAGACACAAAUGUAUCGUGAGCCAUCAAAACAUCUUGUGUUGUUAUGGAAGAUCUUUACAUACAUGAUAAAUUUCAGCAUCUUGGCAGGUUAUAAUUUGGUGUUUUAAGACAUUAGUUUGUUUGUGUUUUAUGCUGAAUUUUAACUAACCCCAUCACAGCCAUGUUGGUUAGGCUGGCACUGCUAGGACCGCCCUUUUUGAAAAUAAGUGCGUAUGUUCCUGUCAUGUGGCCUCUUAAAUGGCUCUUGUGUCCGCUCAAUUAAGUUACGUCUGUUAUUUCUGUCACUUGGCGAGUAACAACAAUUUCUCUGAUCUAUUGCCGUGAACAGUCCAUGCUAGUUUUACUACUAAUGCUGAUGAAUCUGCAUCACUAGUUUUUAUGCACUAAAGUGAUUAAAAACUAUAAUCCUUACUGUUAUACUGUAACACUCUAUUGGCAAUUAUGUAUUCGUCAUUAAUACCAAGAUUUCACUAUAGGAAGUAAACCACUGUGGAUUAGAACAAGCAACAGAAAGAAAAAGUGAUCUUGCCACACUGAUCUCCCUCUAAAUUAUGGAGGAGACAUGAUAAGACGCUACAAAAGAACAUGUAAAUAUAUAAACCUUUUUAACAGCCGAAGACGUCAAAUUGUAACCUGUUCCAUUGCGGAAAUUUAGUGUGUAAAGACAUACAGAUCUUACAACAAGGAAGAAGAUUGUUUUGGCCAUUUGGCUUGCGAUACAAAUGGCACACAACCUCAGGUGAAGGUACUCACCUGUAUGAAAACUGCAGCUUUGGUGUAGAGUUCAAGCACAGUUUGGAAAGCACAGGAAAGUGAGCACAAAGGAGCUACAUGUGUUAGUGAGCAACCAGUCAGUGAGCUAAAGAUACUGUCAGUCAGUGUAGAUAAACUAGGUGCAGAAACUUGCAGAUCAUGACGGUAGAUCAUCCUCACUGGAGGAUCAGGCUGCACACUGAAAUGCACUGCCAUCGUCACAGGAAGUUAAACUGGACCAUUAGUUUGUUCUGAACCUGCAGCCACAGACUCAUCUGCACAAUAAAUAGAUGAGUGGAUGUGGAGGAUCCUGCACACAGAGAGCACAAUUGCAACACAUGAGAUGAAAGAGUCUUUCUGGAAACAGCAACCUCAUGUUAAAAUUUUUAAUACAUGAUGCACAGUUUGACAAAUUUCACCAAAAAAUUCCCAUUUUUCCACCCCGGGCACAGCAGGUCUUCACUUUAAUAUUGAAAAAAACCUCUGAGCACUGCUGUAAUACUCUGCACAGUCUGAGUAAGUCUUCUCUUAUUGGACCAAAUUUACCCAGUGAUAAGGUAUUGGCAUUUCCUAUUGAUAUUUUAUAUUUAUCAUUGAAAUAACUCCAGGGUCUCUUUGUCUUGUCCAUGUGUUGAUUGUGUUGCAAAUGUACUGCACUUCUAGAGGUUAACUCGGUUAAAUUACCGAGAUUAACACAUCAAAAGUAGAGUAACGGUGUAUUUAUUUAACUGUGCAAAUAGUCUUUAUGUGACCAAACCAUAGUUAUAUUUAUAGUAUAGACAAUGUAUUUAAUCUGUACAUAUUGAUGUACAUUCUGAUAAAUUCACAAUGAGUAUCUAUAGUAAGAGUGACAGAGUGUAUACUUGAGCUGUAAAUAAUAAUUGUAUAUUUUGAAAUAUUUUUUGAUUUUUGUACUGUAGGUAAUGUAACUUUGGUGUCUGUUGGUUUCUGGUGUUAGUGUGUGGUUGUUCUCAAUCAAAAUAGUUGAAUGACUGUGACUGUGUGUGUGUGUGUGUGUGUGUGGAUGUGUGCAUAUGGGUGCGUGUGUGUGUGUGCGUGUAUGUGUGUGUAUGUGUGUGAAGUAAAAGUAUAAUUAGGUUUUUUGGUGUUUAACUGUGUUUGUUUUUUUCUCCUCUCUCAGUGUUUUGUGCUGCUGAUCUAAUCCAGUAGAUAAAAUCUGGUUGUUACAGUGAACUGGGACCACUAAUGUAAGCAAUCUCCUUUAAGUUUCUCACUGGAACUGCAGUGGCUUCCAGCACAAAACUGGCAACAUAAACAAAAAUAUAAAAAUGUUUGACUGUAACAGACACUUAAGUUUUUAUGGUUGAAGAGAGUGAUGAAAUGUACAAACAUGAUGGAGCGAACAGGAAAUUAA